AUGAAUGAAAACCUGAGAGAGUAGAAUAAUCAUAGUUAAUAAAAUAUUUAGGAAUAAAAUGACUUGAGAAACUCAAAGAAUAGCACUAAGAACUUAGAUGCUAAUGUUUAGUCUUCAAAAAGUUAAAUAAAGGAUCAAGAUCCUACAAGAAAGGCAUCAAUUGAAGAUUAUUCUUAGGACAUACAAAUAUCAUAAAUAAUAACUAAUAAAAAUAUUAUAAAUAAGCAAAUUGAUUAGAUAAAAAAUGAUAUGGGUAUUGGAAGAAAGUUGUCUGCAUUAAGUGAGGAGGGUUCUAUGCAAGGUACUCCUUAGUCAAGGAAUAAGAAAAAGCAGAGAGAUUAGGAAUUCGAUUUAAAAUUUAAAAGAUUAGGGUUUGGAUCUAUUGAAUACAAAGAAUAAGAUUUGCAAAAGUCAGUCAAAUAGAAAUAAAAUGUUGACGGAUAUGUCAUUGAUUUACAGGAUCACUUAGAUAAUUCAAUGAUGGAUAUGAGAGGCUUUCUUGAUCGGCGCUAUUAUCUUUUGGUUAAUUACUUAUAAAAAGUCCGCGAAAAGUUAUAAGUUUAUUUUGAAGAGUUGAAAAAUAUGGAAGGUAAAAUCAACAGAGACCAGCAAGUAUAAGUUAUGAUGUAACAACUAGAAAAUUAUUAAACGUUUUCAGAGAAUUUAAAGCGUGAUAUAGAAAUUAUGAAAGUGAAUAUCAAGAAAGAAGAGGAAUAAGCUUUAGGUUUAUAUUAAAUAUACAAAUAUCGUAAAGAUUAAUUAUCAUCAAAAAACAGAGAAAACUUAAAUUAUUCUAAAUAGAUUAUUGAGCUAUAAAAUAUGUUAGAGGACUAUUAAAAGCAAAGAGAUAUGGCAUUAAAAACCCAGCCAUUUAAAAUAAACAUCCUAAAUGAUUUUCAAAAUAACACCCAUCUAGAUAAUACUCAUUUGGAUAUAACUUAAAAAUUUAAUGCCAGUGCUAGCUAACCUAGCUUAAAUGAAUCAAUUUAAAGUAUACCAAAUAAGAAUAAUUAAAACACAUACUUAAAUAUUCCAACUAAUAAUUAAUCUCAAGCUAAAGCAUAAACAUCAAGAAUUUCUCCUAAUGUUCAAAGUAAAAGAAACUCUAGCUCUACUCAAAAGUAUGCUAUUUAGAAUGAUCCUCUAGCUAAAAUAGAAGCUUAUUGUGGAACAUUAAAAAUGGUUAAAAGAAAUCACUCAAUCAGUAUGAAAACUUUGUAAAAUUCAUAACUGAAUAACAUAUAAAAUUUAAGUUAAAUUUCUCAUUAGUAAGUUUAAGAAAACUAUAAUGACUCUUCGAUAAUAAGCAAAAAAUUGCAAAAUAACAAUAACUCUAAAAGCUAUAUAACACUCAAUCCAAAUGCAUCUAAGAGAAUACUUUCUCAAUCAAUACAAUUACAACAAGGAUAAUAGAAGAAUAAUAACUACUCUUUUCUUAACCCUCAAGACUUUUAGAAUACAGAAAUUGCUGAACUUUAACAAAUUAAUAAGUAAAUAGAAAAAUACAGAGUUAAAAAUUUGAACAUUAAAAAUAAACUAAUUUAAAACUGCAAUAAUUUCUUUGAGUUAUAUUCCUUAUUUGAAGAUUGCCUUGAUUUGGAAAGAAAAAACUUGGAGAAAUCACAAAGAAAAGUGUUGAAAGAUUAAGGGUUGUAAGGAUCUCUGCUAUUUGAAAUGUAGAAAGCAGAAUUGUUUUUAACAGAAUUAGAUCUUAAAUAAAAAAUACAAAAAAUAAAAUUUAAGCCUAAACUAUAAGAUAGAGAGAUGAGAUAUGUGGUUCACGACACCUUGAAGUCUAUGCUAGAUAAUAAGCUCCAAAAGUAUAAAAAAGAAUACUAAAAAGAAGACUUUUAACUAGACUGGUAUUCGUUUAAAGAUACUACUCCUGUUUAAGUUAUAGGUUUAAUGUCUUUAAAGCCACAAGUUUUCGAAGAAUCUAAAUCUGAAUUUGAAAAGAAAGCACGUUUAAUUAAGGAUAAAAUUUAAAAAAAUAAAAUACUAUCAAGUAUCCUAGAUAAUAAAAGCUCAUAAACUUUUAUUUGA